AUGGAGCACGGGCGGCCAGGAGCACGGCCGCCCCCACACCCGGCCAGAAGCACGCCCGCCGCCACACCCGGCCAGGUGCACGCCCCCCGCCACACCCGGCCAGGAGCACGGCCGCCCCCACACCCGGCCAGGUGCACGCCCCCUGCCACACCCGGCCAGGUGCACGCCCCCCCCGCCACACCCGGCCAGGAGCACGCCCCUCGCCACACCCGGCCAGGAGCACGCCCCCCGCCACACCCGGCCAGGUGCACGCCCCCCCGCCACACCCGGCCAGGUGCACGGCCGCCCCCGCCACACCCGGCCAGGUGCACGCCCCUCGCCACACCCGGCCAGGAGCACGCCUCCCCCCCCGCCACACCCGGCCAGGUGCACGCCCCCCGCCACACCCGGCCAGGAGCACGGCCGCCCCCACACCCGGCCAGGAGCACGACCCCCCCCACACCCGGCCAGGUGCACGCCCCCCGCCACACCCCGCCACACCGGCCAGGAGCACGCCCCCCGCCACACCCGGCCAGGAGCACGCCCCUCGCCACACCCGGCCAGGUGCACGCCCCCCGCCACACCCGGCCAGGUGCACGCCCCCCGCCACACCCGGCCAGGUGCACGCCCCCCGCCACACCCGGCCAGGAGCCGGGUGUGGCGGGGGGCGUGCAUGUGUUCUACUAA